GAGAUAGGUUCUCCUUGAAUUACUUCAUAUUACCUGAAGAGCAUGGGUCCCAAACCUGGUAAAAGCAAAUCCAAAGACCAAGCCAGGCAUCUAAGAAGACUUUCUAUAGCAAAAAAAGAUGAUGCAACACUGCAAAAAGGACCUUCUAUUACUUCAUUUUUUAAGAACACACCACCUUCAAAACUGGCAUGCCCACUGUGUGGCAAAUUCAUACCUCGUUUCAAAAUCAAUGAGCACAUCGACUCUCAGUGUCGAGACUAUCUAGAGGAAAAUGACAUGCAAACAACAGCAGUCUCUGACGAUGAGCAAACAAAAACAUCCUGUCUCUCUUCAAAAAGUGUCCCUAACUGUCCAGAUGAGGAGAAAAAUGCAAGCAUGCAUGCAAAUAAUCAGGAGGCAAAAACAAGCCCAUAUUUUAAAAAGAGUGGCAUGACAAGACAAGAAUCACCUAACAACAAUUCCCAUGUUGGAGAGGUCAGGAUAGUCAGUCUUGGGCGUUUGUCUUCAAAACUCUCCAAGAAAGCGUUGUUUCCAUCAGAGGACUCCAACGGUCACAGCAUCCAAGUUUCUGUCAAAGAAGAUCCAGUUUUAAGUGAGCCAAGUAGUUCACAAAAAGAAAACUUUGAGAAUAUACAUGGUAAAUCUGAACAUGUAGAGAUGCAAUCAAAAUUAACUUCUCAGGUACCAACUGAAAAUCUACCUCAUCUUGAAAAAAUUAAACAGGCCACACCAAAAAAAGAACCUCUUGGUCCUGGAGUGUCUAAAUCAGCAGAUACUAGUGCUUCCUUAAGAUUUAUGAAAAGGAAAAAAGAGGAGUCUCCUGGUGCCUGUGUAACUCCAGUCGUACAGAAGAAAACAAAGUAUUCGGGAAAAAGCAGUGCCGAAUCUAGCAGCACUGAUCAAUUACCAGAGGUUGUAGUCAGCAAAUCCAAACACCAGGAUGUAGAAACAAACCAGAUUAUGACACAGGAUGGAAGUAGUGAUCCUCCACACAAUUCCAGUGCCUCCCCUGUGGAGGAUAGUUCACCCAGGCGCCCAUACUAUCUUCAGAACUUCCUGAGUGUUUUAGAAACGGUGCUGGAGAAUCAGGAUGACCGAUGUCUCUUCAGUGAAGAAGAAUUCUCAUCUAUCCAGAGGUUCAAGCAGAUGUCAGUGCCUGGGCAGAUGCUGUAUGUGCGUCUGUUUCAGAGGAAGUUGAAAUGGCUGCAAGUGAGCAAACUGGAUUAUACUGAGAUUAGUUCAGACCUUAAUCCUGUUGUUCAAGAGCUUGUCUCCAGUGGAUUUCUCCAGACAGAGUCUGAACUCACCGAGAUCCAAGAUGUUUUGGAUAUUUUACCUGCUCCAGAGCUCCGAAGUCUGGCUAAGACAUUCCACCUAGGAGGUCCAGGGAACAGUAGCCAGAAACAGCAACUAGUGGAAGGGCUUCUUGUUUUGUCCAAACAGCGCUCUCUCUUUUCGCUUGCCCCUGGCCAAAGCAACACCGGUGCAGUCAUUCUCAAAAGGGCAAAAAAGCUAGCAGGCUCCUGUGUUCUCCUGAGUCGGGAUCCUCGCUCUAUGUUCUCCCGCAUCCUUUUGCUUUUCUCUCUUACUGAUGGUCUGGAGGAGGAGGAAAUGGCAUCAGGGGGUCAAGGCCAGCUCUACACUGUUUUCCUGGUCAACUCUGGACGUCUGGCUUUCCCUACGUACACAGUUCAGCGGUCCGCCAACAUUUUUAGAGACAGGGAAGACUUAAUCAGAUAUGAAACUGCCAUGCGAAUCUUUCAAGAGGUGAUUACAGCAAUGCAGACUGGCUCGUGGGAAGAAGCUCUGGUCCUCUAUACUUCUGCGAAAUCGAACUGGCAAAACUUAAAGCAAACUUAUGACUUAAGUUGGCAGGAGCAGUUGCCUGUGUUCCUGAGGUGUUUCACUAUAGGCUGGGCAUAUACUCGUAUACUGUCUCGAGGAGUUGAGAUACUACAGAGGCUGCGUCGUUAUGAGGAUGCUGUGGAUGAGCUGCGUUCACUUUUAUCUCAGUCAGUGUUCUGUCCAGACAGUAGAGGGCGCUGGUGGGACAGACUAGCCCUCAAUCUCCAACAGCACCUAAAAUGCCAUGAGCAGGCUAUCUACGCCAUCAGGGAUGGACUGAACGAUCCACUGGUCCGAACAGGUCACCGUUUAUCAUUGCACCAAAGAGCUACCAGAAUGAAGGAGUCAGCGAGUUUUAAGAAGCACCGGCUGCUCCUCCGAGAUCUUCCUCCAUUUCCUAUCAACAGCGUUACUCAAAUUACAAUUCGAGGCCAGCUUUUCCCACACGAGGGUGGUACAGGCAAAUCUGUGUUCCUUAGGCCCGCUGCUGGCCAUGAAGGCUCUAGAGAAGGAGGUGAUGGCAUGGUGAUGUGCUCAGUGGAGGAGCUGGCUCUGGCACACUACAGAGAGCUUGGCUUCGAUCAAGGCAUUCAUGGUGAAGGUUCUACAUUCUCCACUUUAUUUGGUCUUCUGAUGUGGGACAUUGUCUUCAUGAAUGUCUUUGAUGUCUUUAGAACACCCUAUCAGACAUGUCCUCUGGAUCUAUACACUGACUGUUUCUAUGAAAACCGAAAGGAGGCCAUAGCGGCCCGGGCUAAGCUGUUGUCUGAAGCCUCUGCAGAAACACUCCAGGAGCUGCUGGCUGAAGUGUGGAAUUCACAGGAGGGAAGAGUUUGUGCGCUUGUUAACUGGGAGCGAUUCUCUUGUCUUCAGCAAGCCCAGAGCUUAGUGGCAUGUCUGGGAGGACAUUUUUUAAGUGAAAUAGUUCUUAAAAUGGCAAAGGACUACCGACACAGCAAAGGAGGACUUCCUGACCUGGUUGUGUGGAACACCUCAAAAAACAGUUAUAAGCUGGUGGAGGUGAAGGGCCCUAAUGACCGUUUAUCCCAGAAACAACAGAUCUGGCUGGAUGAGCUACAGAAGCUGGGUGCUAAUGUUGAAGUGUGCCAUGUCACUGCUUUUGGAGCUCGUGGAGCACGACUGGAGUAGAAACUAAAAUUGCCCUCACAAAUUCUGCUGCGCUAACAGACAAAACAUUUCACUCAUGCUGGCAAAUUCUCUCUACGGGUUGUUGAGAUGGUCCUUGUAUGAAUAUAUGCUAAUUUAAUGCAACAGUACUUCUGAUUUUCUGCUAAAACUAUGACACUACCACACACAU